GUAUGUGCGCGCAGUGAGAGUCCGGCUCAGUUUGGCUCCAGGAGGACGCGGAGCUGCAGCCACUAUGAAGGUGGAGGAGCUGUUUGAGCGGAACCUGCAGCGCGCAGCGGCUCGGAGCUGAUCCCGGACUCCGGGGCUUCCUGGGUUCAGGUUCUUCUUUGAGAUCUUUCUGUGGAGCAGAACCGGAGCUCUGUGGGGGGUCAGAACCGGACAGGCGGGAUGGAUCCCCCCCGCUGGCCCCUACUGCUUCUCUCCCUCGCUCUGUGGAUCCAGGACGGGAUGAGCCAACACCUGAACCACUUCAUCCGGCCGGUUCCCAGCGACUCCAUGCCCGUGGAGGUUCUGAAGGAGGAACCGGACCCGCUGUUGGACCCAAAGGAGAAGGACCUGAACGGGACUGAGCUCAGGAGCCUUCUGGGCAGCCACUUCAACCCGGACUUCAUGUCCGUGUCUCCACCGGAGGACCUGUCCGAGGACGAGCUGGACCAGAACCUGAGGCUCUCCGGGCCGAUGCCCAAAGAGAUCCGAACCCUGGAGCUGGAGAUGCUGUUCGGGAAGAAGCAGAAGGCGAACCGGAAGCUCCGCAGGAUGCUGUGGUCCUACACGCUGUGCCCGGUGCUUUACGCAUGGACCGAACUGGGUCUGCGGUUCUGGCCGCGCCACCUGAAGGUGGGGAGCUGCUACAGGGAGCGGUCCUGCUCGGUUCCGGAGGGGAUGGUGUGCAAACCUGCCAGAGUGACUCAUUUAACCUUCCUGAGGUGGUACUGCCCGCAGAAACGGCUGCAGAGGUGCUCCUGGAUCCACAUCCAGUACCCGGUCAUCUCCGAGUGCAAAUGCUCCUGUCCGACCUGAGCAGCGGAGCCUGCGGAACUUUAUCUGAGCUUUAUUUAUGACAUUUUAAAUAAAUUCCUUUUAAGCUCAGAGAAAAUCACCUGAACGGAUCAGAUCUUCUAUUUUAUUCUAAUUCCUGUAACAGAAGAAUCGGUUCUGAUCGGGUUUUACUUUUUCUCAUUAUUUCCACUGAUUCCAGAAACAAACCAGGAUGAAAAAAAAACUUUAAUAAUCUGAACUGUUUUGUUUAAAAUAACUUUAAAAA